AUGGAUCAUAAUAGACAUAACGUCUUCACUAAUACGCCUCGAGGUAACCAUUGGAUGGGUGCCACGCCCAUAACGAGAGAUACUGCGUAUUCUACAGGCCAUAGUAAAUUUAACACAUCAGAAGAUUCUCAGAGGCGACAGUAUUCUGGUUCUAAAAGCGAGCCAAAGAAGCCUUCAAUUCCGUUACAAAGUAAUCCACAGCACAUCGUGAAGAGAGAUUCAUUACCGUUGAUUUCUAAUGAAGUUCUCGAGUUCUCAAAACAGCGUCUGCUAGUAUUUUCAAUUUUCAUGGUGAUACAAGGUUAUAAACUCUACGAUUUGAUCCUAUUGAAGAAUGGUUUGCCUGUACCGGGGAUUCUUUUAAACAGUUCAUAUUUCAACUUCAUAACGAAGUAUUUUAUCAUAGAUUCAAUGUUUCUAUAUUUCUUACCCACUUUCAAGAUCCCAAGAUUAACAUUCAAAUCAAUUGUUGUGUUUUGCCAAAUAUUCGCAAUUUGUGCCUUCACUUUAUUCCUUGCAUAUGCUGAUAAUUUAGGUUUUAUAUCUGUGUUCAUCGCAAUAUUUAAAAAAGUCUUCUUUAACAAAGAACUCAGUGUCACAGGUGCGUCGGUUCAUCAUAACAAAAUUAUCGAUUCCUCUUCACACUUCAAAGGUGCUUUAACAAUUAAGAUCUUACCAGAGAAUACUGCAAUGUUGAAUCCACUACAUGAAUCAUACUGUUUGCCAAUGGAUGACGUCUCCACUACAAACUUCCUCGAGGUUCCCAUUAGAAUCAAUUCCACUUCUGAUAUCAAAUUUAUUCAGGUGGAAUUUAGAGAUUUAUACACGAAUUCCGUAGAGACAAGAAAUUUUUCAAAAAACGAUAUCAAGCUUUCAAAAGACUCAACCUCUCAGGAAACUGACCUCAACAUCAAACAUUAUUUGAUUCCAGUGAAUGAAAUUGGUUUUUAUCAAGUUAAAAAAAUUUUAGAUUCUAAAAAUCUGCCAUUGAAAAUCCAUCCCGCUCACUUAAUCGUACCACAUUGUCCUACUGUAUCGUUGAUUGGUUCAGGUGCUGGUGACAGAUGUGUAGGUGAUGCAGAUGAUUUAUCCAUUGAAAUCCACGGUGUACCACCAUUGAAGUUAUCUUACUCCAAAAUUAUUGACGAUCAAGAGUUCUCAUAUGUUGACUCAAAUUUACAACCUGAAUUUUUCCUAUCUCCACUAUCUAGUUCUGUACUUUCCAAUCAGAAGAGUAAGAAAUACUUAUUUAGUUCGAAUGAUUUAAGUGAUUUAACUUGGGCUCGUAGUCAUGCUGUGACAAUCGAUUUGAAUUCAUUGACCACCAAGGAUGGUCAUUAUUUGUACAGAAUCGAUAAAUUGGUUGAUAGUCUUGGCAAUACCAUGGAUUUCAAUUCCAUUAUGAGCCCAAGUCUAAGAAAGGAUACGCAUUUGGUUUAUGAAUUCAAUGUUCAUGUAAUCCCAAGAGCCUCCUUGGAAGAAAAAUUCGAUUCAAACUCUCCAACUAAGAGAUCACUUUCUUUUGAAUUCGAGAACUUCAGAAAAUGGAAAAAUGAUUUACCGUUUAAUGGCCGUAUUACAUACACCGACGACGAUGGCAACAAAGAGUCCCUAGAAAUAAAAGACAUACACUCGCUAUCGCAUUCAUUUGCUGCUGAACUUCCUGGAACAUAUACUUUGAUGGGUAUUGAAUCUAAAUUUUGUCCAGGUGUUAUCAUUGGUAAAUCAAAUGUUUUAGUAACGAGGCCAAUUCCACCAAAUUUAGAUGUAAAAUCUUCUCCAAUAAUGGAUAAAUGUGUGGGUCAAAUCGGUUUAGACUUCGAUUUGACAUUUACAGGCGUGCCACCAUACCAUUUUACAGCUAAAAUAUUCAAGAUAGAAAAUAAUGGUAACAAAAGAUUAUAUGAUACGAAGAGAUUAAACUCCGAUGGUUCUAGAUACCAAUUCAGCUAUAAUCCUACUGCAGAGGGCAACUAUGAAAUCAUAUUCGAUAGUUUGUCCAACGAGUUGUUUACGGAUCCAAUAAGUCUACAACCAGUUGAAAAUUUCUCCUUUAAGACAUCAAUGAGAGUUAAACCAAGUGCAAAAAUCAAUCUUGGUCACCAUCAGAAAAAUAAACAUCUAUGUCUCGGUGAAUCGACUAUAAUUCCAAUCGCUUUUAAAGGGGAACCACCUUUCACUCUUGAUUACGAUAUCUUGGAGAUCUCAACAAAUAAAAGAUCGUCGUAUACUGUUGACAAAAUUGAAACAACAUCACAUGAUAUCACAACUCCAUUUUUUGAAAUAGGUGGUGAUUAUAUUCUUUCUUUAGCCUCGAUAAUGGAUUCAUCCAAUUGUAAAGUUGGAUUAAGUGAACCAGAUGCCAAGAUUCAUGUCAGAAGGGACAUACCAACUGCUUCAUUGAAUCUUCCAAAGGAACAUGAAAAAAAUGCAACUUUCCACAUCAAGCAAGGUGCCGUACUGGAAAUUCCUUUGAAGCUGACCGGGGAAGGUCCAUUUUCUGUCAAGUACCAACAUUUGGAUAGCUCUGGCAACGUUAUUGGAACAUACAAGAGUGACUUUAAAUCCAAUUAUAAACCAUUUUUGAGAGUUAGUCAAGUUGGACGUUAUAGAUUAAUUGAGAUGAACGAUUCAGGUUGUCCUGGUAAAAUCGAAAAUAUGGAUAGACAAUCGUUUGAAGUUUCCUUUUUGGAGAGACCAUCUUUUGCUAUACAACAAUCCUUAUUAACGACGAAAAAGAUUAAUAAAAUCACGGACACAAUUUUCUCGAAGGAAACAAGUUGUCAAGGUAUAGAAGAUAAAAUUGAUCUUGUAUUAAAUGGGUCCCCACCAUUUAAAUUGCAUUAUGAAAUGAUUACACCAAAUGGUAGAGUAUUGGACGAAAAAAUCCAAGUUUCCACAAAAUAUGUCUCGCUGAAACUACCAAAUGAUGAGCCAGGCGAAUAUGUUACCACAAUAAAAAAUGUUUUCGAUUCGAAUUAUCAAGAAGACAAAGGACAUUUCAAUGCACCAGAAAAUGAAAUAAUUGUGAAGCAAACGGUAAACCCAUCACCAGAUAUUGAGUUUGCCGGUUACGGCAAAACAUUAAGAACAUGUGCUGCAAACGUAGACCAAGUUUCCCUUCUAUCCCCAAUUCGCCUGAAGGUAACACAAGGUAAGGGUCCUUUCACGGUUAUUUUUAAUAUCUAUCAUGAAAGUACUUCAAGAAUUGAUCAACUAACCUUGAAAAACGUUGAUCCAGAUAAUUUCCCGUACCAAAAGUUAUAUGAAGGCUUAAAGUUAGGGAACCAUGAUGUUUCUAUCAACAAAAUAAUAGAUUCAAAUGGCUGCAGUCAUGAUUUGAUCGAUUCCGAAAAUAGACACAUCUUUAUUUCGAUAACGGAUGUUCCAAAAAUUCAUCUUUUGGAUCCAUCCGCGCAAUAUUGUGUGGGUGACUAUGUUGCAUACCAGCUAAAUGGUCUACCGCCCUUCACAAUUAAGUAUGAUUUCAACGGUGUUUCUCUAAAAUCCAAAGAACAAUCAUCUCAAUUCGUUAGACUUGCAUCCGAAGCCGGUGUUAUCUCGAUCAAUUCUAUACAAGAUUCCACCUCCCAAUGUGUAGUCAACUUUACGAAACCUGGAAUGGAAUCAGAAUUCGAGAAACUCGUUUUAAACGUUCAUCCAAUACCUUCGGUUACCGUUUCACAGGGUGAUUAUGUAAUUGAGGACAUUCAUGAGGGUGACCAAGCUGAAGUAAUAUUCUCCUUCGAGGGUACUCCACCAUUCUCCUUAACAUACGUCAGAACAGAAGAAAUAGACGGUUCUCAUGGCAACAAGAGACAGCAAGUAGUUGAAACACAUAAAGUGACAGAUAUCUACGCUUAUGAGUAUAGAGUUGUUACAAGCUUACAAGGUACUUAUGAGGCCAUCGAAAUUUCUGAUGCAUACUGUUUUGCUAAGAAUGAUGCAUUUUUCAAUAAUAACUGA